CCUACUCUGUAUGGUUUUAUUUUCAUAGUAAAGCUAAUCAAAUCCUAUUUGUUUAACUGUAGUUUCCACUCACUUAGACAGCUGUCUUCUUGUCAGAUUUUCUUAAGGUUUCAUCAAUAUGUUUAUAUCUCAGGGAGAGGUUUAGUUAGGGAAAACCCCAUCAUUCAAAACAGGUGCCACACACAUCUGUUGCUCUCUCUCAUGGCCAUAACACUGAAGGGUUUGAGUUUCCCUCGGGGCUUAUCGUCAGUUGUUGCACUAAUCCCAGAAGAGUAGCGACCAGCCUCUUCCAACAGAGGGCGCUAUCAGCUUGGUUUAAUGUAGAAUGGGAACUGCAAUGGCAGGGGUUGUUUUCUGGUUGUGGUAUCUAGAGUCUUGUUGCUCAAAUAUUUGAGGUUGAAAAUGAAUAACCUACCAUUUAGUUUAUUCACGUGGAAUGUAGCUGUCCCAAAUGAGAAGGGUUAGGAAGAGAAAUGGGAAACUAUUAUUGUAAUGUGUGUCAAGCGCAAAAAAAUAGCUAGGUUUCAGUUAGAAUUUUGCUUCGCAUCUUUGUCAUUUUACCUUAAGUGUAAAGCAUAUCAAAGCAUUUCUCUUUGGUUAUUAUAAACAGUAUUUGGGAAUAGCAUCAGUUGUGUGAUGUUCUUACAAAGCUUAGCUGUUGGAAGCUUAGUAGUUGACAAGGUGACAUUACCACAUAAACUGAUAAUGCCCUUUUUUUAUAUACAUUGUGGCAGAUCGUUGUAUUUGUGUACGAAUAACUUUAUUAGUUAGGUUUAAAUAUGGAUCAUGAUGUAGCCAAUGCAACAUUGAGGGCACAUGAUUGUCAGUUAAUGCAUCUGUUCAUUCAUGGCCUGUGUAGUUAUACUCAAGUGAUUCAAAUUAUGUUUUUCGGAGAAUACAGCUGCGUUUCCCGGAACCUGACAUCAAGGUUAGUCAUAUAGGGGCGGUGCCAAGGGAGGGGUCGGGGCGGACUUACUUCGAGUAAGAGGCGUGGCCUAGUGGCUCAGGGUAUUCCCUUCUCCUCUUCACCCAUAACAAACAUUCGUUGUAACAGCAAAGGUCUGAUUUUGACAACAUGGGAUUAAUUAUGAAAUAGUACAACGUAAACAGUUACAAGGGACAGUCGUUAAGUAGUGGUCUACGUUAUGGGAAUACAGUCGCACACUCUGGGUGUCAAACCGAUGGCCCUGGACGAGCUGUUUGACGCGAGCACAUGGAGAAUUAAAAACAUUCGGGAUGGAGUGAAGAUGGAAAUCGCGGCCGGAGAUGGAUGUCCGGUGGUCUUAAAUAGUUUUACACAUUUGGACCCCGACCUGCCUAUUCUGGAGAGCUCAGUUCAGGAGAUUGGAGAGGAGGUAGAGGAGGGAGCCAUCUACACCAUCACACUCCGGAAGGUGCAGCUUCACCAGACGGCGAGUAAGGGUCAGCGAUGGCUGGGCGUGGAGACCGAUUCUGCCCUCAGUUUGUUUGAGACAUGCAAGGGUCGGACCAUUAAGGCUGGCACACUGGAGAAACUUGUGGAAUACAUGGUGUCAGCGUUCAAAGGCAAGGACUAUACAUAUGUGACUAUUUUCCUCUGCACCUACCGAGCUUUUGCCACCACCAAACAAGUUCUGGACCUGCUUCUCAACAGGUAUGCCAAACUGCAGCCAGCAGCAGCCUCUGAAGGACCAAAGCUCUCCUCAGAGGACUAUUCAGAGCUGAAAAACACUGUCUCAUCUAUUCUGGGUGCAUGGUUGGAUCAGUAUUCUGAGGAUUUCUGGUGUCCUCCAGCCAAUGGAUGCCUUCAGAGCCUCAUAUCCUACCUGCAGCUCAACUUUUCUGGAUCAGACCUGGAGAGACGAGCACAUAAACUGCUGGAGCAUUUCCAGCACAGGCAGCAUUCAGAGGUUGAGCUUGAAGGCGAUCUGUAUACUUGCCCUUUUGCUGCACCAGAGGUGAGCAGCUUGGAUGAUGAAUUCUCCCCCUCACACUUCAUGUCCUUCAGUCCUGCUCUGGUUGCUGAGCAGCUAACAAUCAUGGAUGCGGAGCUGUUUAAGAGAGUUGUUCCCUACCAUUGUUUGGGCGGUAUAUGGUCCCAGCGGGAUAAAAAGGGCAAAGAGCACCUGGCGCCCACCAUCCGAGCCACCGUUACCCAGUUCAACAGUGUGACCAACUGUGUGAUUGCCACCUGCUUGGACAGCAGGUCUCUCAGACCCUUUCAAAGAGCAAAGCGCAUUGAACACUGGAUAGAAGUGGCCAGGAAAUGUCGUAUCCUGAAGAGCUUCUCCUCCCUUAAAGCCAUCCUGUCCGCCCUGCAGAGCAAUGCCCUCCAUAGACUGAGAAGGACCUGGGAUGAGGUGUCCAGGGAAAGCUAUCGCACUUUCCAAGAGCUGUCUGAAAUCUUCUCAGAUGACAAUAAUUACUCCCUCAGCAGAGAGCUUCUCAUUAAGGAGGGUACCUCUAAAUCCGCAAUUGUUGAAAUUAACCAUAAAGGAGCUCAGAGAAGACACCAGCAGCAGAGAGACAUGGGUGUCGUGCAAGGAACUAUUCCAUACCUUGGCACAUUCCUCACUGACCUAGUUAUGUUGGAUACUGCUAUGAAAGAUCAUCUUGAGGUUGGGCUUAUCAACUUUGAGAAGAGAAGGAAGGAGUUUGAAGUGAUUGCUCAGAUCAAGUUACUGCAGCUGACCUGCAAUUAUUACAACUUCACCAGAAAUCAGUGCUUCACUGAUUGGUUCAAGAGAGUGGAGAAACUUACAGACACUGAGAGCUACUCUCUCUCCUGUGACAUCGAGCCUCCAUCUGAGUCAGUGGGCAAGAAGAACAUCAAACGCAUGAGCGAGGAGUUGGGUUACAACAGCAUAGGGACUUUUCACUCAAAAUCCUUUGAGCAGGCACGGUUAAGCCAGUUCAAAGACAGCUUCAAAGAUGGAGCGGAUUCUGUCAGCAUUACCUCAGCUGGAUCCAGCUGCUCAGAUGCAGAGGAGAUGAGCCUCAGUCUACUGAACUCCCCAGAAUCAGGGAAUCAGAGAACAUUCACACCAACUUUGAAGCAUUUUGUAUCAACCUCAGAUGCAGGGGAGCUUACGUCUGAUUCCUCCUCCAAGCUCUGGGAGUCAUCCAGCCCUUCAUCUUUGGAGGCCUCUAGAACAGGAUUGGGACUUGAAUCUGGCUCCAGCAGCUCUGCCUCCUCUUCUUCCUCCUCGUCUUUAGUCUCCACCUCCACUGGGCAGGCCUUCCACUUUCACAAGCGCUCUGUCUCUGGUGUCUCUGACUACUCCUCUCUUUCCCUGCCCCUGUACAACCAGCAGGUGAACGACUGCUGCAUCAUCAGAGUCAGCCUUGAUGUGGACAACGGCAACAUGUACAAAAGCAUCCUGGUGACUAGCCAGGACAAAACACCUGGUGUCAUUAGGAAAGCCAUGGCCAAGCACAACCUGGACAAUGAGAAGUCAGAAGACUAUGAACUAUUCCAGAGAGUCUCAAAACAUAAAGAACUCAGAAUCCCAGAUAAUGGAAAUGUUUUCUACGCCAUGAACUCAUCUGCCAAAUACGACUUCUUGCUGAGGCAGUGCGGUGCUCCCAAAACCUGCCACUCCAAGACCUCUCCUAGCCUAACUUUACCCCGCGUGAAGCAGAAAGGGUUCAAAAUACCCAAAGGCUUCUUUUGAACGCUCUUUAUCAAGUUGAACUUGCCUGGAGCUCUUUGCAUUUGGGAGAUUAUCAAGAGUCACUUUAUUAGUCCCUCUGCAGUAUUAUCUGGGUCUUUUAGCCAAUGGAUUAUUGAUUGUUGCAUUGAAAUAGCUGCUUGUUUCCUACAGAAAGCUAUGCUUGUGUUUUCAGUCCCUAUGGACUAUGCGACAGACACAAGACCACUGUGGUUCUUACAAGGUUUGCCUUAAGACUGCACAUAAGAGCCACACUGUGUGUGAUAAAUAUUUUCCUUACCAAAUGCAGUUAUUCAUGCAUGAGCACACUAAAUGAAAACAUUUGAAGCACUUUAGAAUGGUCCUUUACUUAAAGCAAGAGAUUUGUGGGAAGCAGUUUGGACAAAUGAGGCAUCAUUUCCUCAUCAGUUUUGCUCUUUUUUUUAUUCCAAACAGGGACUUUCAUUUGAUUCAUCUUGAAACAGGCUCUCUGUUUUGACUCAAAAUCUUAUCAGUCUCUCAGAUUCUAGGGCAGCUUUUGCUAUAGCAACAAUAUUACAUGUACAGUGCGAAUUGUGUAAAGUGUAUAGUCUUUCGUUUGUUUUUUGGUCUUUUAUAUGGCUGUUUUGACUGUUGUCAGUGCUGAUGCCAAUUUAGCUUUUCAAUGCUGCCUGUUUCCUGGAGACGACACUGAUUACUGCCUGAAACUAACCUCUCAGGCUACAAUCAGUUCACUCAAGACUGUAGGUAUUACUUUUGACUGCUAAGUGACUUCUGGUUUCCUUCAUUGAGUCACAAACUCACAUUUGAGCAUGAGAUGACAGGUCUGAAGCCUAGGAUUUAGAAGAUUAUAUAUGGUUAUUACAUAGCCAUAAAUAACAACACUACUAACGCUUAUUAAUUAAUGCAAACGCAGUGAUGGAGGCAGUCUUGACCACCAAGUCGAUGCCAAAGCCUUUAUUAUCUCUUUUUGCAGUUGGUUUCUCUGCGUUUCAUGAUGUGCUUGGCCUCCGUUAUAGAAUGCUGUAAAUCUACAGGCUUUCUAUUUUUUGUACCAAACACUGUGAAAUUGGCUUCACCCUGCUAAGCCUUUUGCAUUGUGAACUAAACCCACAAGUGCUUUCUGACCAAAUGGUCUUAGUAUGAUGUGCUGAAAUAUUGAGGGGAUGUUGUUCCCACCAGUAGAGAUUUUCAGCUGUGUUUACUCAGACGUGUAUGUUGGUUUGCACGUGUGUGUUUGUAUGUCUGUGUGUGUUUGUGCUUUAAUUUGAAAUAUGAUAGGAUUUAUAUCUUAAAAGUUGUAAGAAAUACACCACAUAUGUGUUGGUGCUUUUCUGCUACUAUGCCAACUAUAUAACUGAACUGGAACAAAAAAUACAUUUUGCUUAGUUUACGAUGUAAAAACAAAAUGAACUGCAUGGAGAAAAUAUGUCACUAGUGAUUCACUGUUAAAUGACUCCUAAAGAAUAUCACUUUGGCAGUCAUGCUUUCUGGAAACUACAAAAAUGAAGUGAAAUGUUACUGCCUGCAGCCUGUAUUCGAUGUAUGCCAUACACAGACUUCAAUUCAUAUUUUGUUUUGUCUCCUUUUUUUAUGGCUGAAUCUAACUCUGAAUGUUAAUGUCUAUGUUUGAAUGUUAAGGUCCAAUUUGUGGUAUUGCCCCAUGUUUAUUUAUUUAUAUGUUUAUAAUUGUUUUAUUUAUAAUUGUUUUACUGUUGUAAAAAUACAUUAAAAUGCACCUUUGUAUGUACAAAAAAGCACUACAUUUUAAAAAACUUACAAAUAAAUGUGGGGAUGC